AUGUUCUCUCUACAUUCUGUACUUACUGAUAAUACGCUCAUGGGGAUAAUGAUAGUGGUGAAACUGGGACCAGAUUGGUCCAUAUUCCCCGUGGUCAACGCGCAGAUGCUCCAGCCAGGUGCAGCCAUUGUUCCUGCCACCGCCACCUCCCUUGUUACUGUGCCUGCUCCCCAUGGUCCAAUCACCCUCCUCAUUCCACUUCCAGCAACUGGUGCGGCUCCUGUCCAACCCAUCCCCCCUCCCAAGUGUACACACAUCUACUAUGGUGUCAUCUUUGAGGUCCUAGAGAGCAGUGCUGCGGGACCGUUCUGGCUGGGCUAA